AUGCCCGUAACUAAUCAAGGUGUAACACAACUUACACCUGACACCACCUCGACGUCGUCUGCUACCGGCAACUACUUGAAUAAGUCGUCUCCCUCUCUGCAGACUCUUCAAGCUGGUCUAGCUCUCUUUGCUGUUGCUGUGAUUGCACGGUUUUGCGUUUUACAACUGUACUUAUGGUUGCGACAAAUGCGCGGCUUGGAUCAACAGAACCUUCCUGCUAGAUCUAUCAUCUCGUCUUUCUCACAGCCUCGACGACUAUUGCAGUCGCGGCCUAUCUGGACAAUGGAUGAGAAGGACACCACACCACUGGGGCAUCGGGGAGAUAUCGAUGUGGAAAGUGGCCUACAAGUCAGCUCUGCAGAGAAGAACUUGGUCAUCAACCCCAACUGGCAAAGUGCAGACAAUGCCAUGUCCAAACACAUCAUAUCGCGACCACCUCCGGCACCACCUUUGACUCCUCCUGAGUUGAGCACGGCUGUUUUUACUUUUGAAGGUCGUGCCCGACCUGGUGACGAUAGUUUCAUCCAUCAGCCAAACCCUGAUUACAUGUCUUCAACUGCAGACGCUGUCCUUCCCCCUAGCGCAGGAACAGCCUCAGUCACCCGUCGGCGCUCAUACAACAAAACUCUUCCUAUCGGAGUCCCCGUUUCCCAAUCACAAGACAUAUCAGAUGCUGCCGAUCUCGUCUUGUCGCCCAGCUCCUAUCCAUCUGCCAGUCCGUUUUUACCACCGGCUCCACCAAACGCAGGAACCACGGAGAUCGGCGUCCAGGGCGAGAUCAUUGGUGUUCUUGAUACCGAGGGUGCCGGCUGGACGAGACAUACACGUGUGUACGGGGGCGGAGUCUGCCUUGCUUGUGCAGCCUCGGGCGGGAAUCACGGUGGUGGUUUCUACGGAGCAACUGUCCGGCCAGAGGAAAUGCGAUGA